AUGGGAGGACCCCAUGGAUCCUUCCCGAAGUUCAGUGUCACCAUUUCACUCGCCGGGGCUUUGCUACCCGUCCGUCUGAGCCCGUCGAUCCGUCUAGGUCUUGGUGUUGAACAUGACUGUGAUGGCCGUGUAAAUGGCGUAUAUGCAACUUCACCGUGUUCCAAUGAAUUUAAUCAUUGCUACAAUGGCCAAGUGACUAUAAAGACUUGCCCUCGAGGACUUGUAUUCAACCCUGACAGUAACCAAUGUGAUUUCGACAGUAACGUGUCGGGAUGUGCAGGUACCUCAUGCAGACCACGAGCAGAAGUAACUUGUCACAAUCGUAAGGAUGGUACUUAUACGAUUGGAUGUUCGUCAUCGUUCUUCUUCUGCAGUAAUGGAAUUAUUCAUAUGAUGGCUUCCCCAAUGGUAAUCAUUUGCACCUGCCCGGCUUCACUCGUUUUCAACGAAAAGAAGGGCUAUUGCGACUAUCCUGAGAGCUGCUCCACCGGGACAGCUGCAGCGCCUCCACAGCCGGUUCCGAUUGUUCCCGUACAACCUCCUGCUUUAGCUCAUGCUGUUCCGACUUCUCUAUCAACUCUCAGCUGCAAGGGCAAGAAGGAUGGUUAUUACUCGAAUAGAUGUGUAGCUGACUUCGUCUACUGUGUCGAUGGAGUAGCUUCAGCAAUGGUGAGGGGAAUUAUGAAAUGCCCAGCUUCACUCGUCUUUAACGAGGAGAAGGGAUACUGUGACUACCCUGAAAGCUGCUCCUCAGGGCCAACCUCUGCCAUUCCUUCGGCUGCUCCAGUGCAUUCUCCUCCUGCUACAAUGCAGGCUUCCUCUCUCCAGCCCCUUUUACAGAAAUGCCCGGCCUCACUCGUCUUCAAUGAGAAGAAGGGAUACUGUGAUUAUCCUGAGAGCUGCUCCACAGUGCCAACCCCUGCUAUUCCGCUGCCGGCUCCAACAGCUCCAGUGUAUGCUCCUCCUGCUUCCCAGCAAUGGAACCCUUCCCUUUCAGAAUGCUCCAACCUUCCCGAUGGACGUUACGGAUCUCCUUGCGGAACGAAGUUCAUGAUCUGUUCUUCUGGUAUCGCAUACUUCAUGAAUUGUCCGGCAGAUCUCGUUUUUGACUCGACGCAAAGCCGAUGUGUCUAUGCGGAUGAGUGCGGUCGGGAGCCAGUUCUGAAGAGUCCUUCUGAUGUCGCGCCCUCGUCGUACACACCGCUAAGUUCAAGAGAUGUACCACUUUGGCUUUCAGAUUGCGUUGGCAAAACUGAUGGACUGCAUUCGCUCGGCUGCAUCGCCGAAUUCAUUCAAUGUGUUGACGGCAGUGCCUAUAGCCUGUACUGCCCUGCUGGUUUAGUGUUUGUCGAAGAGCUAGGCGUAUGUGAUGUCCCUUCUGCUUGUUCCGCAACACCAAAACAUGAGCCUGCCGACGGUCCAAUGUCCUACGAGCCAGUUGUCGAUGACAAGUCGAAGGACUCGCCAGAUUUUUGCUCCUUCAUGUCCGAUGGGCUUUACAGUCAAGGAUGCACGGCUUCCUUUGUGAUUUGCCUGGAUCGACGAAUUCAGACAUCAAUGAACUGCCCAGUGGGCACAUGGUUCGAUCAAACCCGCUAUGCUUGUGUUUCUCGUGAAAAGGUUGCCGCAUGUGGCGGUACAUCCAAUGGUGUCGGAGACGAUUGCACCAGCACUUCUCGCUGCGCCAACCACCCCAACGACUGCACCAACCACCACAACUACUUCAUCUACGACUACAACCACUCCGGUAAGUUUCUUUGCCGCUCGUUUCGUGGUUAUUUGUUUUUUUUUCGUUUUUUUGUGAUGGUACAUAUUCUGAUAACUAAUCGCUCAGCACCCUUUCUUCUGUUCCAGCCAAUCAAAUGUGUGUAUAGCGAAGAGCGUCCAACAUUUGCUCUUGAUUACUGUGCUCGAGUAUACGGUAUGUGUACCGGAUCCGGUGUGCUGAAACAAGAACAAUGUGAUGUUGGAUUCCUGUUUGAUUCUCACUUGAGCACUUGUGUACCAGCGGAACGGUGUGGUCAGGAGCUGGCACAAGACACCUCCAAACACACGUCGCGAAAGGACGAACGCUGUCACAACAGUCCCGAGGGUGCCAUGAAGCCAAUGGGUCGAUGCCGAUCGUCGUACAUCCGAUGCAUGGGUGGUGAAGCUAUCGUUGAACCAUGCGCAACUACAGCUGAAGUGUUCUCGUCGGCCGUUGGUGCAUGCGUGUUGCGCAUCAACGCUCCUGAAUGUCAUUCCUCUCCACCACGGUCUCCACAGCCGUACUCAUCGGCGUCUAGCAACGAUCCGUCUAUGUUCUGUAGAACGCGCACGGAUGGUUUGUACAGAAAUCCAACGGACUGCACGGGAAUCCUUCAGUGCUUCGGAGGUGACGUCUUCGAGUAUCCGUCAUGCUCAUCGGGACUUGUGUUCAACGAGCUAACAUCCAAGUGUGACUAUAGGAAUGCAGUCCCCGAGUUGGAACAUGGUUGCCGUGGAGCAAGCCACGGUGAUCUCGUCCCAGAUGAAUCCGACUGUCAACAAUUCUAUCGAUGCGUGUGGAAUCGACUGGAGUCUAUGCGCUGUCCAAGCGGCACAGUGUUCAAUCCCAAACUAUCCGUGUGCGAUUGGCCUGACAACGUACCACAAUGUUCUGCCCAGCAAGACGAGUCAGCAGUGAAAGUUUAUUAG